CACCACUGUGCUGACCAUGACCACCAUCAACACACAUUUGCGGGAGACGCUUCCAAAGAUCCCGUAUGUCAAAGCCAUUGACAUGUACCUGAUGGGCUGUUUCGUCUUCGUCUUCCUGGCUCUGCUGGAGUACGCGCUGGUCAACUACAUCUUCUUCGGCAGAGGACCGCAGCGGCAGAAGAGAGCUGCAGAGAAAGCCUCCACAGCCAACAAUGAAAGGAUGAGAAUGGAUCCCAACAAAUGGUUGGUGGGAAAUGUAGUUCAGAGAGACGAUGCUCUGUAUGCCAGAAUGAAACAGAGGGAUAUUGACGCACAUGACUCCAUGUGGGAACCGAUCUUUGUGGAUGAUGCAGCAUUAGGACUAGGCGAUUCAAAAAAUAAGGCACCAGCUUCAAGUUCAUCUCGUUAUCCGAAGGAACAGCUGCCGGGAGGAAUCACAUGUCCAAGUCCUGUCCAGGUGAUUUCCCCAGCACCUGGGCCGUGUCAGCAGAACCGUCGCUCAACCAGUAAAGCACGACGCCGUGCUGGCAAUGCCAAGGUCAUGGGUUUGAUUCCCAGGGAAUGCAAGACCUGA